AUCCAUUGUAUGCAAAAUCCAUUACUCACAAAUACCAAAUCCCAAUCCCAAUCCUUAACGGUCCAGGCGACCCCCACAAUAAAAAGAAAAAGAACGAUCCCUAUCCAAUAAUCCAUGUCCGCAGAGACCACCUUCUACCAAUCAGCCAAGCUCGUCUUUUAACAUCCCUGCCCCCGUUAUAUCCGGAUGCUGAGUUAUUAUGUACAGCGACAAAGCCCUUGGCCUUAGGUCGGUUCAAGGUUGGGUUCGGUUUCUUUAUUAUUAAAGAUCAUGUACCUCUCCCCCUUCCCUCUUGCGCUCUUACAUUCCUGUCGCAUGAUCUAGAAAUUACGUCGCGUAUGUGAUUAUUCAAAGUCAAGCCGGCGACCUUCGAUAUUUACCUUGGACGGACAACUCACCUCAGUAUUCCUAACCACCCCGUCUUUGGUUAGCUGGGUGAUCUUUGGUACGACAGCGACUAAUAGAGCUGGGUCAAAGCUCUUCCCCCGCCAUCCGCAAUCCACCAUCCGCAAUACCGUCGUGCUGUUGACGAAUACGACAAUCAACUGUGAGGGACGACACACGAGAACUACAAGAACUACUCCGAUUGUCGUAUCUUCGUCGCACGAGACGAAAGGGAUCCGAUGCGGCAGACAAGCACCACAGUUGUAGAAACGGAGACACAGCUCCCUCUGGGAUGGCGUGAGAGGUUGAGUCCGUCUAAGCUCAGCACGAUACCCGGUCGUUACAAUCUUCCUCGAAUGUUUAGAAAAUCCGGCCAUUCUACAAAACAGAUGCGUGCACAUGUUCCGACGAAGAGUAUCGCUGCUCUCAAAACAUCAUUUAAGAUCACGGAUACCUUCGAAUUAUUGAGGACGAGGAAAUGGAGCGUAUUCGACUUGCAGUAUGCUGUGGUGACCGCAUUAUGCAUCUUCUCCAUAUGGAUCGUUGAGCCUUCUGCGCCUAUCAUAAAGACCGCCGCCGGUCUUGGAUACCUUUUGCUGCUUUUAAUGCCCGCAACGAGUCAAUUCUUUCUACCUUCUUGGCCUAUAUGGACUUACCUCCUAUUCUUUUUCUCCAGCCGAUUCAUCCCUUAUGAUGUUCGCCCAGACAUCUUCGUAAAAGUUUUGCCAGCUUUGGAAGAUAUCCUAUACGGAACCAACUUCUCCAACUUCUUCUCUAAAUGGACGCACCCUGUCCUUGACGUUAUCGCUUGGUUCCCAUAUGGCAUCGGUCACUUUGGUCUUCCCGCUAUUUGCUCGGCGAUCAUGUUUAUCUUCGCCGCCCCUGGCACCGUCCCGAUGUUUGCGAAGAGCUUUGGGUGGAUGAGCACGACAGGAGUAGCGAUACAGCUGUUCUUCCCUUGCACACCUCCAUGGUACGAAAGGCUGCACGGUCUGGAGCCCGCAAAAUAUGGUAUGCAGGGUUCCCCCGCCGGCCUAGCGCGGAUCGACGCCCUAUUUGGAGUCGAUAUGUAUACUACUAGUUUUACUACGGCGCCCGUCCCCUUUGGAGCCUUCCCGAGUCUUCACGCCGCCGACGCGAUUCUCGAGGCUUUGUUUAUCAGCCAUUGCUUCCCGAAGUUGAAGGGUUUAUGCUUCUUCUACGUCUGCUGGAUCUGCUGGGCUACGAUGUACUUGAAUCACCAUUACGCUGUUGAUUUAUUAGGCGGCGGGAUUAUCGCCUACUCGAUCUUCUUUACGGUUAGGAAGUUUUGGUUACCCCGGCCACAGGCCGGUAAGAAGUACCGGUGGGAUUAUGAAUACGUGGAAGUUGGUCAGUCGAAGAAGAACAAGGCGUUGGAUGAGGAGCUUGGAUACUCGUCCAUCGGCGCGGGCAAGCGGAGUGAGGAUUGGGGCGACGAGUUUACCGUCCUGGACAGCUUCAUGCACUCCGGGUCGUCGAGUGGUAGCUCGAGCCCGACGUCUACUGUCCGCAGCGACAGGAGUAAUAGGCGGACCGAUUGACGAUUGGGGUCGGGGUAAUGAUAUGGAUACUAUUUAAUUGCAUAGACGAGACGAGAUGCCUCGGAUAUUAUGAUACCACGAUACACUACUAAUUACCAGAAAUAAAAACAACAAAUAAUGAUACCAGAGCUUC